CAAAGCAAAGCACCGAGAGAAGAGAGGCAGAGAGAGGCGGAGAGAGACAGGGUAGUACGGGAGAGGGGUUGAUAUUUUCAGGCAGUAAGGGCAAUCCAUCGCUCCAUCUGUCGAUUGAAACACUCGGUUUCGUGCGAGUUGAACACGCGCAAGAGCGAAAGGGGGCGUCGCGCAAACAAAUCGAUGCCACGACAACAAUGGCCUUCGAUGGCGAUCCCAAGCACGUCCGGCGGCAGCGACACCCGGCACCGUUGAGCAGGGCAACAGAAAACUGCGCCGCCGGCUCUCGAUUGGCAGCAGGACUCAUGUCCAGCGAGAGCAGCAAGAAUGACCCGCAGCAAGGACAGCAGAAGACAGCAAUGGGUGCUGGAAACGCGGCCGGUAGGAUUAGCAGCGGAGGCAACACCAAGCGCAGGUUGCGACCCAUGGAGCUCAAGCAGCAGCAGAGGAUGCAGAAGGAGCAACGCAAGCGCGCCAAGCUUUCGUCGUCGGUACCGUUGCCCUCGUCGUCGACAACAGCUCAUGAUGGUGUUGAGAGUGCUGCGUGCAGAUCCCCGAACACUGCAGCUGGACGGAGCGGCGCCGAUGCGCCAGGAGCGGCCUCCUUCCGCGACAGGAGAAGAGGGGCAGCAAGUAAUGCAGGGGCAGGGGCAGGAGGAGAGCUCGGGGGGAAAGAGCCGCUGAAGAGGUCGGCAUCAUCACCUCCCAGCAUCAACUGUGCGAGAGGGCCUCCCAACGAAGACGAUGCGACGUGCUCGUCACGCCCCGACCGCCAAAACGUAACGCCUCCGCAGAGGCACCCUGUCGGGCUAAUCGAUGGCAUCAUCGAAGAGUCCCGACACCCCCUCGCCCCUUCCCCCGCUAAGGACAAGGACGGCGACUCCGUUGGAGCAGGCCUCUUGGGGCUGUACCACUCCGCCGGGAGAAGAAACGGUGUCGUCGUCGCUAGUGGAAGCAACAGCAGCAGCAGCGCGGCAGCGGCGGCGGGCGUGGGGGUCGGUGGUGCGGACGGCGCUGAGCACCUCGUUGGCGACGUUGGCAGCGAGGCAGGCGCAGCAUCGUUUCACCUUCACUCGAAUCCAGGAAGAUCAUCAUUCGGUGCAAGCACCGGCGGCGGAGGUGGCGCUUCUUUGUUCGACAUGGUCAUGUCCGGCGUCUCUUCUUGCUCUCCGCAGUCCUCAAUCGGCGGCGGCGAGAGCAACGGCGGAAGGAGUAGGCUGUCAGUCGCCGCUGCAACCGGCGCUAGGGCCGAGGGGGGCAAACCAGUCGCGUCCUCCCUGUCCGGAAUGCUGGGCGGCAUGCGGGGUAGGCAACCGGCAGCCAGCGGCAGGGACGAAGAGGGUUGCGGGGUGGCCGCUAGAGGAGCGGGUGUCGACCAGACCUCGACAGAGGACUGGAUGGCGAAAAACCUGGAGAAACUGUCGAACUUUCGGGUGCCGGAGACACGCGUGGGGUUUCCGGAGGGCGGGCGGGAGGGACUUCGCCGAAGCGCCACGGCGCCGUCGCGGAGCCCGUUUCCCCCCCGACCGGAGGAGCAGCAGGCCGAGACCCCACAGGUUGGGGCAGCGGCGGGGAGAGCCGGCGAGCCGCGCUGGGAGUUCGGCUGCUGGCACCCCUUAGGAAGAGGCCAACGAGAAGACGCACCCGUGUCCGACGGCACGAGGCUGAACGUCGAGGCCCCUGACAACCCCCUUUCGUCGUCGCCACCGCCUGACCUCCCCCUGCGCACCCGGGUAAGGUUUGAGAUGGCGCCGGGCGUGGCGGUGCCCCGCGGGAUCGGGAGUCUGCCGGGGCACCUGGAGUCCCGUGCGCUCCGGGCGUUCGCCGCGGGGUCGUUGGGGAUGCGAAACCGCUCCGAAGAUGGAGGCGUCUCCCGUCAAGGGCUUGGGCGUGGCGGCGGCAACGGGGGGGAAGGCGACAGCGAGGAGGAGCAGGCGUGGUCUUCGGGCGUAACCGGCGGCGGCAGCGUUGGAGGAAGGCGUGCGCGGCGUGCGGAAACCCUUGGCGAGCGCGGGCGCGGUGGACAUGAAGCAGGGGCGAACGACGGGACGGCGGCGGCGACGCCUCCGGCAACAGCGGUAGCGGCGGCGGUGGCGGUGGCGGCGGCGUCUGAGAGAAAGGAAGAGGAGGCGAUGGAGAAGUGGAGAAAGGCGACUCUGUACUGGGAGCACCCGGCGACGCCGCUGCCCCAGGAGGCCUUGGCAGCGCAGAAAUCUGCGCAAUCGAGGGUCGCCAAGAGCCCGGCGCACGCGACGAAGGCGCAGGACAGCGGGGCCCGGCCUGGAGGCAGCGCCGCCAGCGGGUGGACUUCUUUUUUUUGGUCGCGUCGACGAGACUGGGAGCAGGCGUUCGGAAGCCUCUACUACGGUCUCAUCUCUAGGAACCGCGGCGGCGGUGAAGGGGCAAGAGGAGGACGAGGGGGCGCCGCUGCCGUCGCUGCUGCCGAGGGGGAGAGGGAGGGAGAAGGGUUCUAUCUGCAGUGCCCUCUGUACACGGUGGCGUGGAGGCUCGUGCGGGAGCGAGGAGGGGCUGAAGACGAGGGGACCCGGCUGGUUCCAGCGGCGGUCAUGACCCGCUCCACGCGACGGCUAAGGAAGCGGCUCACGGCGGCAGGGAUCGAGUUCGGCAUGCCUCUCGACCCCGCGGGCGACCAGCGGGACGCGCAGGCGAGUCAUGCGGACGAAGACGUUCUGGAAGAGUGGAAGGCGAUGGACGCGACGGGCAACGCUAAGCCUGGCGCCGUCUACGCCAACGAGGAGGACCGGAGCCGACCCCAGCUGUCUCUGCUGACGUUCCGGGGGCACAUGGCCGUCCACGGCCUCUUCGAUUUCCUUCUAGAAGCUUGCGGCCAUUCCACCGGCGUCGUCGGGGGUGGGGGGCUCGCCGCGAGCGGCCGGGGCGGCAGGAUGGGAUCGGGGGGGGAUGUCCCGCUUUUGCUCUCGCGGGAGCCGUUCCUUAACGCCUCGCUGAAGGCCCUCAAGGUUCGGCAGAAAGGGCCCAUGCACCGAUCCAGGGCCACAGUGAGCGCGGGACAAGACUCGGCAGUCCAGGUGCUUGAGCUUGUCGGACACGUGCUGCCUUCGGCCCUUGCCGACCUGGCCCUGGCGAUGGCGUCCGCCUGCACGGCCGGCAGGAACCUUGGUGACAACAGCAACGAUGACGACGACGAUGACGACGGGAGUGAUGGGGGAGCGCGCCGCUUGCCCGACACUACUGCUGCUUCCGCAUGUGGAGCCGCGGGGGGUGUAAGCAAGCCGGCGACGGCAGGGCUUGGUCCGAGGCGUCGUCAACCCCCGCCGGAGGCGCAAGCAACAGCCGGCGUUUACGCUAAGGAUGCCCGUGGCAAGAAUCACGUCGGUGAUGACGGUUCUCCAACGGCUGCCGCCGCCGGCCCCGAGCGAGGGCCGGCGCUGUUUCGAGCGGUGGGCGGGGUCGAUCCCGACACGACUCACCUGAACGCCGGGUUCGAGGCCCUGCUGGAGGAAGGGAGAGGAGAAUCUCCGGCGGAGGAACGGCAGCGGGAGCGGCAGCAGGAGCAAGACGGGGGUGACGGUAGCGGUGGCGUGGAAGGAGAGGCCGGUCGGCGAAGGGGUGGCGCCUCUUCCUAUUGCCAGGAGACGAGGGCAAGGGUGUUGCUCGCGGCGGGGGGGCGGCAACGGCAGCAGCAGCAGAGCGUCGUGUUUGAUGUCUGCUCGAUAUACCCCGCGGGGAUGACGGCUUUUGCUUCGUGAAGUUUGCUCCCUCAAAGAGCAUGGCCUUCGUUUAUUGGGUUUGUCGGAGUUCGUAGUAGCGUGGAAGAGCGGCAGUUGCUGGUUGCGUGCGCCAGAUAAGAGUCCCCUGCCGAAGCGGUGUCGACUGCGCCGCGUUUUUCUUGCGCUGCUUGUCCCAAGAGGCGCCGCACGGGUUGCUUUACCUUGAGGCGACGAGGGUAUCGGAAAAAGCGAACAAUCGUAGCGCUGAUCUUCGGAACGGUGCGGGGAUACGCAGACGAGAUUAUGAACCAAUUUCAAGGGUGAUGGCAUAGGGCGGAACGACGAAACGGGCAACAACACCGGCGCAGGUUGCGCUUGAUGCUCGAGUUUCGAAAGGCCAGCUGUAUGUGCUGCCCAUGCUUCAUGCCUGUGACGUUGUUGUUGCGGAACCUCUCGACCUCAAACAUCGUGGUGAGGCGGCUGCAAGGCAACUGUUCAGUACACCGUGAUGCUCUGGUGUGUCAGGUGUUCACACAAGAAAGGCCGAAGUGAUUGAAAGAGUGUUCCCGCACAGCGGCCAUGUUUUCGCCUGGUGAUCGUUGGCGCCACAUAUCCUUCGUGAUGAAGACCAACUACCAGCACAUGAAGGCAAUGCUAAAAGUCGCGGUCAUAGCGACGAAUACAUCCGUCGUGUUGCCCUUGCUUAGUUAUCUCAAGAGAUGGAUGCAACUUGUAAAUGAGUGGUACGGUGCCGUUGGAGACGACGUUCUCGCCGCAAAGGAUGGGAGUC